AUGUCUUUCCUCACACCCACAACAACAAUACGGGCAACCGCAGCCGCGAACAAAUCUUGUCGUACCUGUAGAGCCGCUCAGAUCGCCUCCAUCACCCCUCCUACCCGACGAAUCCGCCGUGCAUCAUACUCCACAUCCUCGAGCACCUCCCCUCCUCCCGACCCACUCUCCGCCCCGGGUCCACCCCCCUCCCGCUUCUUCACCCUCUCGACCCUCUAUCCGUUUCUCCUUCUCAGCAUCACCACCUCUCUCGCCAUAAACCUCCGUUCGUCAAGGAAUGCGAAUGCCACCCAAGUCGCUCAUCUGAAUGCCCAGAUCUCGAUCUUGGAACGCACUCUGGAAAGGAUAACGUCUACGAAAGGCGGUUGGCAGGCUUUGACCGACCAGGAACGAAUACGGAUCGAAAGGGAGUUGAAAUCGAUUGGCUUGCGGGAGAGCGAGGAGAAGGAUCGACCGGAAUCCGAGGACACGGGGGAAACGAGUUGGAGCGAAGUGAUUUUUGGCAACCAGGAGAAGAGGUAUCAGGCGAGGCAGGCGACGGAUGAUGACACCGAUUGGGAACAGGGUCAGUUUGGGGUGUUUGUUGUGUCUGGGGACUGAACGAUGACGGAGGAGAUGAGCUGAUCAAGAGAGGGCCACUCACGUGUGUGGGGGGUGUGGGGGAAAUUGGUAACACAGUUUUCAAACAGGCCGACCAGGACGAGAUCAACCGGGUCGCCAAGGACCAAAAGCGCAAGAACGCCUCCACAGACGCAUCACCUUCGACUAUAUCAGCUGUCAACACUCUGACAGAUCACGGCUCAACACGCCAGAGUACAGCGCUACCACUUGGGUCCUCCAGCCCACCCACGUCGUUGGAGACCAGGAAAUCCCCUCCUGCUGCAUCUGCAAUCUAUCUCUAA